CGUUGCUCGUCGCUCUCGCUGGGAACCGACUAGAGGAACGGAAAAUGGCGGAUCUCGAAGACGUUACCCUGGACGGGAGACCGCUCCAGUCCCUUCGAGUAGCAGAUUUAAAAGCUGCUCUUGAGGAGAGAGGACUCUCGAAAAGCGGGCAUAAGAAUGCUCUCAUUAAAAGGCUCAAGGGGGCUCUCAUGCUGGAGAAUCUGCAGAGGACCUCCACUGCUCACAUUGGAUUGCAGCCAAACUCACAGAUUGGUGAGGAAAUGAGCCAGAACAGCUUUAUCAAGCAGUAUCUGGCUAAACAACAGGAGCUCCUGAGGCAGCGUCUGGAGAGAGAGGCUCGCGAAGCCUAUGAAACAAAUGAUCAAGAGGACCACACAGAAGUUAAUAACAGUACGUCAUGCCCCCCUCAAGCCCAGGAUGUCACACCAGCAUUGGCUGAGCAGCACAAGCCACCUGGCCCCUCGAGUGGAGAGGGACUGUUGGCUGCCGUGAAUGAGGGAGAGGCUAACAGCAACCAGGAAGCUGAUGUGUCCGGUCCUCCUGCUUCUGGCUCUGUGGCCAUGCGCGUUCCUGCUGGCGAGCAGCGACCAGCGAGGGGUUCUGCAUCCAACGAAGUUGCCGCUGACAGCGACGACGAGGACAGCGAGGAUGGCGAGGAGGAUGGUGACGAUGAUGAUUGGGACAGUGGCGCUCGGAGGAGAAGCCUCAGAGAGCCAGCCAGAGUGCCCACGACCAGAGAGAGGUCUGGAGCAUCCUGUCAACCCCAGCAGCAACACAUGCCUUCCCUGUUGUCCCCUCAACUCCGCCAGCCAACACCUCCUCCCUCCCCACCUCCAGAGUUAUCCUUCCCCUUGCCUGACACCCCUAAACAGAGCCCCCCUAGUCCAGAUGUAGCCCCACCUAGGCGCUCACCUAGUACCUCCAGCUCCGGUUCCUCCAGCAGCGGCAGCCGCAGUAGCAGCCCAGAGCCACAGAGGAGUGGACAUGCCGAGCGCAAACCCGGCCCGCUGACCCUUCUGGCACGUAAGAUGGCAUCAGAAGGUGCUUUCUCGGGAGCAGGUUGGCACGGUGGCGAAGGCGAUAGGCAAGACAGCAGUUCUCCUUCGGCUACGGCAUUUCCUGGCAGAAGGCCUCCGGAGGGUCUGGUAUCUGCCAUCACUCACACAGCCAACAGUGCAGGCCACGUGUCGUUUCCCAUGAUUCCAGGCACCAACCAGGGUGUCACAGGAGCACAUUUGGCCCAUAUUCAAGUACCUGUGAGUGUGCUCAAGGCCACUGCAACAGAAGACAGGGACAGAAAGAGGGAUUCUGAGAUAGAAAGAGAAAAGGCCCUUGAGCUGGAAAGGCAAGAGAAGCAGAGAAAAUUUGAGGAAGAGCGGGAAAGAGCUCUUGCCCUGGAGAGAGAGGAAAGAGAGAUAGCUCUGAAGAAGGAGAGAAUUGAACGACAGCAUGCCUUAGAGAGAGAAGAACGAGAAAAGGCUUUGCAGCAUGAGAGGGAACUUGCUCUAGAACGAGAGAGGCAGGAGAGGGAACUAGCUUUGGCUAAAGAGAGGGAAGAGCGAGAGCACGCCUUAGCGCAAGAGAGGGCCCUGGAGCUUGAGAGGCAAAAGGAGCUCGAAAGACAGAGGGCCCAGGAGCAAGAACGUCUGCAGAGAGAAAAAGAGAGGGAGAAGCGAGAGAGAGAAGAAAGGGAAAGAGCAAUGGAGCUAGAAAGAGCAAAGGUUUUGGAGCAGGAAAGGAAGGACAGAGAAAGAGCUCUUGAGCAAGAACGGUUAGAGAGGGAAAGAGUUCUAGAGGCUGAGAGAAAGGAGAGGGAGAGGAUUGAGAGAGAAAGAGCUUUGGAGCAGGAAAGGUUGGAAAGGGAAAGGUUAGAGAGAGAGAAAGCCUUGGAGCAAGAAAGAAUAGAGAGAGAGAAAGCCUUGGAGCAAGAAAGAAUAGAGAGAGAGAAAGCCCUGGAACAAGAAAGAAUAGAGAGAGAGAAAGCCCUGGAGCAAGAGAGGCUAGAAAAGGAGAGAGCCCUGGAGCAAGAGAGAAUCGAGAGAGAAAAAGCCUUAGAAAGAGAGAGAAUAGAAAGAGAAAAGGCUCUAGAGCAAGAAAGGCUGGAGAGGGAGAGAGCCCUACAACAAGAGAGGUUGGAGCUUGAGAGGAAGGAAAAGGAGCGAGAAAGGCUGGAAAGAGAGAGAGUCCUAGAACAAGAGAGGUUGGAGCUUGAGAGGAAGGAAAGGGAGAGAAUUGAGAGAGAGAAAGCAUUGGAGCAAGAGAGGAUAGCGAGGGAAAAAGCCUUGGAACGAGAGAGGGAGGAAAAAGAGAGGCUGGAGAGAGAGGCUGCUCUGGAACAGGAGAGGAUGGAGAAGGAAAGAGCUGAGAAGGAGAGGAAAGAAAGGCUGGAAAGGGAGAAAGCUCUAGAGCAGGAGAAACUUGAACGGGAGAGAGCCUUGGAGAAGGAGAGGGAGAAGGCUCUCGAACGCGAAAGGUUAGAGAAGGAGAAAGCCAUGCAGAAAGAAAAGGAGGAGCAGGAGAGGGCCCUGGAACAGGAGAAAGAGAGGGCUAGGAUGGCUGAAAAGGAGAGGGAGAGUCACCUCCCUCCAUCCAAACGUGGCCGUGAGAUUGGUCUCACCCCUCUGCCCACUCCUCCCCCCCUCUCCACAGGACCAGGUAGAAAGUCAUCGACAGAUGCAGGAGAGCAGGAAGAUGCCCAUGCUCCAAUGUCCCGGAGUGAAGCAGCAGAAUCCGGUGCACCCAUGUCACCAACACCUCUGUCGCCUCAGUCCUCAUUCAAGAAGUUCCGGUUCUUAAGGGACCCCCCAGUUCAGCCACAAGCUUCAUCGACUUCCAUGGUUAUUAAGCGACCCCGUCAUUUCUCUGAUACCCCCCAGCCUCGGGCCAGUGUCGGGGAACGACACCAGACCCCCACCGAACGGGAAGGUCCGCAGAUGCAGACGAAACAGGAGGUUGUUGCUGGGCCGCCAGGAUCUGUGGGGACACAGCCUGAGAAGGAGACCACUGGUAGUACCACACUGGUCCAGAGUCCCAGCAAGGAAGGGGCCGCAAGCCUUGUAUCGGAGGACAAAGAAAAAGCAGAUUCAGUGAAGAUGGAACAGGCUGCCAAAGAAUCCACCAUAAAAGUAAAAGUUGUGGAUGAAAGCAAAGGUCCUGUAGGCCCAGUGGAUGCUCCACAACAGAGGGGAAGAGAUGCAAGGAAGGAAGAAAAACAAGCAAGACAAAGAUCAUCGUCUAAUGAUUCCUCUUCCUCUGACUCUGACUCUGGGUCCUCAUCAUCUCAGUCCUCGGGCUCAUCCACAUCUUCUCAAGAGAAAACCUGCUCCACUUCAAGAGUUAGAAGGGAAGGGAAAAAAGAUUCUUCCCCACAGCACAGGGCGACACUAGAGGCUCAGUCUGAGGGUUUAAAGGAAACUCCAAAAGCUCCCCCCUGCAAAAGAGACAUGUCUGUAAAGAAGAGUGACACAACUGCUGAUGGAGACAGUCACACCAAGAAACCUUUCAUUGAAGCACCAACCAGGGAGGAGAUGCAAAGGAAGAUCCAGGACAGCAAGGGAGAGGAGGAAAAGGACAAACAAAGGCAGGCGAAGGAGACUGCCAUGUCAGAGCCAGAGAAGCUUCCAGAGACCAGUGAGGAGACACCAAAGGCCUUCUCAGCUCGUAAGAUCUCUCUUAGCAGCAGUAAAUCGUCCCCAGGCACUGGCAGUGCAGAGGGCGAUCAGGAGUCUGGGGCCGCGGCAGGUCGCAAGAGGAGGUGGGGCUCCAGCACAGCUGUCACUGCCAAGAAACCUUCCAUCAGCAUCACCACAGAUUCACUCAAGUCUCUGAUCCCUGACAUUCGGCCGUGUCUCGGCCAGGAGGCAGUAGUGGACCUGCACCCGGAGGAAGCUGUCCUUUCUGGGGCUGAGGAUGAAGAGAGGGAGCGCUCUGACCAGGACCUUCAAAUCCGACGCACUGUAACACAGGUGGUGCACUCAGAGAACCAGGAGAAUGGACAGAAAGAGGCAAAGAGGAGCCGACAUGAGGAACUGGAGGAGGAUGACCUGCGGGGAGAUGGAGAGAGGACAAGGGAGCAUGAAGAGAAGAUGGACACCUCAUUUCCUGAAGCCAUGGAAACCCAGUCUCCAUCACAAACCAGCCAUGAUGUAGAAAUCAACACUGUGACCCCCAGCGACACCCUCAUUCGUCGCUCCAUCAGCCAGCAGAAAACAGGAGUUUCCAUCACAAUCGAUGACCCUGUUCGUACGGCUCGGCAGCCCUCGCCACCUCGUGGCAAAGUCUCCAGCAUCGUUCACAUCAGCAACCUGGUGAGGCCAUUCACUCUGGGGCAACUUAAGGAACUGCUCAGCAGAACUGGCACCCUGGUGGAGGAGGGCUUCUGGAUCGACAAAAUAAAGUCUCACUGCUAUGUCACUUACUGUAGCUCAGACGAGGCAAUUGCUACACGGGCAGCUCUUCAUGGAGUGAAAUGGCCUCAGAGCAACCCAAAAGUCCUUAAUGUAGACUUCUGCCAGCAGGAUGAGCUGGACUUCCAUAAAGGCUUGGGUGCAGCCGACAGACCUGGAGCAGAGGAACAAGGGCCUGGCGCCGGCCGUGGUCGAACGUCAGCCCUGCCCUCUCUCCUCCCAGAGAGAGACCAGUGGGCCGAACGUGAGCGUGAGAUGGAGCGCAGAGAGAGGGCCCGAGCAGAGCGGGAGUGGGAUCGCGACAAGGUCAAAGAGUUUGGGAAACCUGGAGAAGAGAAAGAGGGGGGUCCCCGGAGGUCGCGAUCCAGAGAGAGACGACGCAAGGAGAGGGGAAAGAGCAAGGAGAAGAAGACUGAGAAGAAAGAGAAAACAGCUGAGGAUCCUCCCGCAAAGCUGCUCGAUGAUCUGUUCCGCAAAACUAAAGCUGCUCCUUGCAUAUACUGGCUUCCUCUUACAGAGGAACAGUUUGUUCAGCGGGAAGCUGCCAGAGCUGAACGCAUGAAGGAGCGCGAGAAACGGAGGAAGGAGCAAGACGAGGAGGAGGAGAAAAAAAGGGAAGAGGAGCGCAAGGAGAGGAUGAAAGCCGGAGGCGGCACAGCAGGAGAGCGGAGUGAGGGUGAGAAGGACAAGGACAGAGAGAGGGACAGAGACAGAGACCGAGGUAGAGACAGAGACAGAGAGAGGGAGAGGGAGAGGGAGAGGGAGAACGACAAACGCAGGGAUAGCUACCGUAGGCCGGGGGGCAGCGGGGCAGGUGGGGGGCGGCGCUCACGCAGCCGCAGCGACCCGCGAGAAAGGCGGCGUUAAUGGCCAAUCAACUGAUGGAACUGUCCUAGAGACCACCCUCUUCCAUUUGCCUUUCACUACAUGUACUUUGUUACAACUAAGACCCAACAGAGGACCAACUGAUGUCGUCACCAUCUCUCAAAUUGUCACCUUUUUUAAAGCACAUCUACACCUACACCCAGUCAAGCUUAAAGGGGACCAUGAUUUUUUGCAGUGUUGUUUCCCAGAGUGCUGUAUGUCUUGCUCCUGUCAAGGUUUGAUAUUUUCUUUAUAUUUUUGCCUCUUUUUUUUUUCUUUUUUUUUUUUCUUUGGUUUUUGUCUUGACGGCAUAGCAGUAUGGCACGCUGGGUUGUUUUAAUAAUUUCUCCCAAUGCUCCCCAUUUGCCCCAAAGUGUAGGUGCCAAUUAUGAUUUGCAAUCAUUUGUUGUCGCCUCGGUGUUUAACAGCUCUGCAAUUUGGAUGAGGAAUCCUUUUGUUGCUGCAUGUAGUCCAAGGCUCUCCUUGCCAGUCCUGCCUAAAGAGAAAACUCAGCCCUCUGUGCAGAGGCUUGCAGAAAUCUAAAAAUAUUGGAAUAGGUGUGUUUGGCAUUUUGUACAGACAUAUAAGAUUACUCAAAAUUAAGUCUUUAAAUGAGGCAGCUUUGGGGUAUUUUUGGACAGGUGUGGAAUAACUACUAAGGCAAUGCAGUGUUCCUCUCUCCCUCCAUUUAGUUAAGAGAUGAGAUGAUUCUCUCGGGGGGAGAAUCUGUCUGUCACACCUGACACAAGUUAUGAUUAUGUCCUUAUCAUUGAUUCUCUUCUUCCUCCCUCCUCUUCCUCCAGUUCUCUUACCCUGUAGUGUCUAUACAGGCCCAAGAGGGGAGGUUGCAUUAUGAGUUUUCUCACCAAUGGUUUUAAUAUUGUUUUUUAAUCAUUAUUUUAUCAUUUUAGUACCAAGGUUUGUUUUGCGUUUUUUAAUUUCUUCUUUGAGUACGCCUAUCAGUGGUGAAUGUACAAAUAAUAAAAAUUGAAAUUUGAAA